AUGAGCCAAACGAGCAGACAGUUAUUUUGUGCCAAAAUCUGGCCAGAGGAUAGGAAAUCAUACACAGGCGACGUCGUGACCGCUGCCAGUAUGGCGCAAAAAACUGAAGAAAGUCGCGUCUAUUUCACCAAAACCCCGGCUGGAAGCAGUGUCGGGAGUUUGGCAGAAUCCGAGAAUGCAAACCUGUACGGAUCCGGAAACAUUAUUCCGCUAGCCUGUGACAUGGAGAAACGCUGCUGCCAGACAGCUGCUGCUCCUCAGGAGGAGUUAAGCGCUGAGUGCCGAGUGGGCGACAUUCGCUCCUUUUCUGCCUGCGCCACAAUCUCAGAAACAGCCAGGGAGCUCUGCAAAGCUGUGUCCGUGUCUCUGGGUCUGACCAUGGAGUCCGGUGACACGAGCGAGGCGCACGUUUCUCUCCCCCCGUGUGCCGCAAAUGACCAAAUGAGCGCAGAGUAUUUAUUCGGGGUGGAAGCCGUGCCUGCGAACUGUCCCGGAGCCCCGGCUUCUCUCUCCGAGUACAGGUGUCCCGAGCGAGAUGAGCGCCCGCCACACGACCACAAGCAACAGGUGAAAAUGUUCAAAAGUUCAGAGCCCGCGGCAGCUUUUCAUCACCUCACUUCCACGGCGACAUCUGUGAACGCGCAAAACUUCAAGCUGUGCGAGGCUGAUGACAUAACUCCGAAAGAGAUAGAUCACCUGGACAUAGCUUGCGCUGCCUCUUGCCCUUACGCCCCAGCUGCGCCCGAGCCUUUGGCACAGUUCGAACCCGCGGCUACACAGAGGCCGUGCGGAGCUUACAACCCCGUGGAGGAAGAGGGAGACGUCGGAGAUGCCGGGGAGAAUAGGUCCUUGGGGUUUCAGGCAGAACGGUACGGCGUCAAAGUCAAAUCUGAGGGAAGUACAUCUGCAGGGGCGUUGUGGGUCAGCAGGCCUAAUUACAGCUUCGGCGACAAGUACAACUUGCAGUUUUGGGGGUCGAGGCAGUGCAUGAACGUGCAGAGCUCGGGAGCAAACUCCCCGUUUAUAUGCAAUCCAUAUGACGGGACCGUAAUGCGCCGUGAACAGUGGUACCCUGGCGGGAUGCUGAGGACGCCUUAUCCCAACUCCAGCUACAUGAAGGGUGAAGUCGGCGAAUGGCUGGAUGUCACUUACAACGACACCAGGUUUGAGUCCAGUAGAGAACACAUGUUUCCCAUGGAGUUCUUCUUUCCCCCACAGAGGACAUGCCUCAUCUGCUCGGACGAGGCAUCUGGCUGCCAUUACGGCGCACUCACCUGUGGCAGCUGCAAGGUUUUCUUCAAAAGGGCUGCCGAAGGCAAGCAGAAAUACCUGUGUGCAAGCAAGAAUGACUGCACUAUUGAUAAGCUAAGAAGAAAGAACUGCCCCUCCUGUCGCCUGAAGAAGUGCUUUGAGGCUGGGAUGACUCUUGGAGCACGUAAGCUGAAGAAGAUUGGACAACAGAAAAGCCCAGAAGAAGAUCAUGGUGCUCAGGAUCCAGUGGAGGUUAUCCCGAACGUCUCUCCUAAAUCUGGUGUGCAACUGAACUCCCACCUGGUCUUCCUCAACAUCCUGGAGUCCAUUGAGCCAGAGGUUGUGAAUGCAGGCCAUGACUAUGGCCAGCCGGACUCCGCUGCCACCCUGCUCACCAGCCUCAACGAACUGGGAGAGAGACAACUUGUCAAAGUGGUCAAAUGGGCAAAAGGAUUGCCAGGUUUCAGAAAUCUCCACGUGGAUGACCAGAUGACUAUCAUUCAGCAGUCAUGGAUGGGGGUGAUGGUGUGUGCCUUGGGAUGGAGGUCCUAUAAGAAUGCCAGUAGCAGGAUGCUAUACUUUGCCCCAGACCUUGUGUUCAAUGAACACAGAAUGCACAUUUCCACCAUGUACGAGCACUGCAUACGGAUGAGGCAUCUCUCUCAGGAGUUUGAGAUGUUGCAGAUCACCCAGGAAGAGUUUCUCUGCAUGAAGGCCUUGCUCCUCUUUAGCAUUAUUCCCGUUGAGGGUCUGAAGAGUCAGAAGUACUUUGACGAAUUGCGUCUCACCUACAUCAAUGAACUCGACCGCCUCAUCAACUUUCAAACGACUACGAACACAUCUCAGAGGCUCUACCAGCUCACACGACUCAUGGACUCUCUCCAGAUGACCGUAAAGAAGCUCCAUCAGUUUACCUUCGACCUUUUUGUCCAGGCUCAGUCACUGCACACCAAGGUCAGCUUUCCAGAGAUGAUUGGAGAAAUAAUCUCAGUACAUGUACCAAGGAUCUUGGCAGGUUUGGCUAAACCAAUCUUGUUUCAUAAGUAG